AAAAUUAUUUUGUCUCCUUCCAGGUGGAUUCCAUUGGGAAAUUCUACAUAACGUUUCGAUGAAACUGGAUCAAACUUUUAUGAAUCCUAUAAACGAAGGCCAAGUAUUUGGUCUGAGCAACUAUCGGGCGUUAUUUUUGAAGAAAGUUGCAGGUUCAAUAUGUUUACCCCUGCCGCUACUUCACCUGUCGACUCCUCCUAUGGAUUCAAUAAUCUCAAAAUGUAUGACGUUUAUUUGAGCUUUUGUGAUCCUCAUCUCGGCCAAGGUUUUUCUAACCGACUGUAUUCUGGUCUUGUCGCGGAAGGCAUUGUCACCUGGAUAGAAGGAAAAUUCAUAGAUGAUAUCCCUCCUUUUCAACGCAUCCGAGAAAGUAGGAUUUGCAUUCCCAUUUUCUCCCAAAUGUUUAUCCAGUCACAGUCGUUUUUGAAUGAAGUGUGUUUUAUGAGUAAGUCGAAUGUCAAAAUUAUUCCUCUGUUUUAUGAUAUUGUGCCUUCAGACGUUCGCCGCCAGCUAAGGCUUGCAUCUGCUCAACAUUCCGGGCAACAUCUAACCAGCGAGAUAGUCGGAGCAAUGCAGAAGGUUUCCUAUAUCUGUGGCUGGUCUUCAGAUCAAUAUAAAGUAUUCACUGGUAUUGGUUCACUGUUCAGCAGGGAGGAUGAUUUGAUUAAAGAUGUUGUAAGGGAUGUAGUGAAAAUCUUAGAGACAUAUAAGGUUCAUUUGGACACUCCGAAAUGCUUUGGUUUAGACUGGCGUGUUGAGCAUGUUAAGGGACUAUUAAAUUUAGCGGAUCGUGAGAAGAAGAUUGUGAAAGUGGGUAUACAUGGGAUGCCCGGUAUUGGUAAAACCACCAUGGCCAAGGUUGUUUGCAAAGAAGUCUUCUACAGUCAGUUUGAAAUGCAUUGUUUUGUACUGGGUGUCGGAGAAAGAUGUCAACUGGAAGAUGGACUCGUAAAGCUGCAAACCCAUAUGCUCAAAGAUGUUUCCCGAUUCAUGGCCAAAGAGGAUUCGCUCCCAUUCAGAGACGAAGUAGAACAAAUUGAUCGAGGAAAAUACCUGCUACAAGAGUGUCUUAGGGGUAAGAGAGUUCUCCUACUCCUUGAUGACAUUCAAAGUGCCGAGCAGCUGGAAGCUCUUGGGGGAAAUUAUAGGGAUUUUGGGGCAGGCAGUCGUUUGCUCAUUUCAUCUCAGAAUCAACAAAUUCUAAAAUUGGCAAAUGUUGAUGAAAUGUACGAGGUAAGGAGGCUUUCUCAAGAACAUGCCAUGGAGUUGUUUAAAUUCCACGCGUUCCCUAGUUCACACUGUCCAGAUCCAGAGCUACAAACUCUAAGCACCAAUAUUGUUGAUUCUUGUGAGGGCCAUCCUCUUGCACUCCAACUUCUUGGCAAAAGCCUGGUUGGUGAAGACGAUAGAGAGGUAUGGAAAGACAUGGCAGACAAGUUAAGUGAUGAGCCUUAUAUGCAAAAGAAACUUAGAGCCACCUACGAUACCCUUGACCCCAAUGAAAAGGAGAUGUUUCUAGAUAUUGCUUGCCUUUUUACAGGGCAGGACAAGGACAUUGCUAUGAUCUUUUGGGCCGAAAUGAAAUGGAAUUGUCAUGCGUCUCUCGCACAUAUUUUUCAAAAGUCCUUGGCGAACGUGGGCCCUGGUAAUGAAUUAUGGAUGCAUCGGUGCCUCCGAGAUUUGGGAACAACUUUAGCAAAUGAAAUUUCUCCAGAGCCCCAUAAACGCACAAGACUAUUCCAUGAGGACGAUGUGCACCAUUUGUUACGUCGAACCUGGGAAAAGGCCAAGACAGUUCGCUAUCUUCGCUACGAGCCCAAGGAAAGGAAGACAGUGAAGCCAGGCAUGUUCAUGCAGCUGUACAACUUGAGGUUGCUUUGGCUUGUAGAUGUUGAUAUAAAGGGACACUUUCCUGAGGCACUCUACUUUGACGAAUUGAGAUGGCUAAGAUUGACGAGAUGUUCAUUAACACGGUUACCUCCAGGAAUGAACCUGAACAACCUUGUUAUUCUGGAGGUGACUGAUAGCCAAAUAACUCAUCUAUGGGACGAAAAGACAGAAGAAUAUUCAAACAUAUGCCCCGAGAAACUUAAAGUGCUUAUUUUGAGAGGAUGCGCGUCCCUGGAAAAACUUCCUUCAACAAUAAUCUAUAACCAGUUGCAGAUCCUGGACUUGCACAAUUGCCAAAAACUGAGAAACCUGCCCAAUAAUUUGGGGAAUAAUCUGGGAAACUUCCACAGCUUAGUUUCUCUCAACAUGAAAGGCUGUGGCGUUUCUUAUUUGCCCGAGGAUUUCGGCAUGCUUUCAAGUCUGGAAGAAUUGGAUAUCUCUUGGUGUAAGAAUCUAUGCAACCUUCCGGCCAGUUUCGGCAAUUUGAGUCGGUUGGAAAGACUAGAAAUUCACCACAAUUCAAAUCUUCGAGAGCUACCGGUCACCAUGGGUGGCCUAAAAAGUUUGGCUUAUCUGGAUGCUGGGUACUGCCAAUUGUGUGAAAAUGGACUCCCAGCCGGACUAUUCGAAUUGUGUUCAUUAAGAAUCAUCCAUCUAGAAUAUAACAGGUUUCGUAGCCUUCCCGGCAGCUUACAAAAGUUGAGUGGACUUUGGGAACUCCAUGUGGACGGGUGCAGCGAGCUUUCCGAAUUGAGAGCGGUCCCACUAUCACUAGAGAUGCUGUUUGCCCGUGACUGUAUGCAAUUGCAGAGCAUACGCUGUUUGUCCGGACUGAAAAGUCUGUGUAGAUUAGACGUAAGCAGGUCAUGCCAUCUGACGGGUCUGCCGGGAUUGGAAUGAUUGCAAGGAUUAACAACAUUGAAAUUGGUGGGAUGUACAAAACUUUCCAGCUCAAUACUCGGAAGUUGCUUGGCUGGUCUCAAGUCGCUGGAGAGCAUUUUCAUUGCGGGGCCCGGUGUCAGCUCAAAGCAAUUACUUUCUUUCUACGAUACCAUCAAGGUAGGUCCAACGAAACUUCUCUCCCAACUUCCCAUUCACGUUUGUCGUACUUUCUGUCAGCAAAAUAAUAUGCGUAUUUUUUACGGCACCGUCUCAAAUUGAAAUUAUAAAAGUGUGUGUCAAUUUAGAUUUUAUUGGUGAAUAUUUUAUUUUUUAUGCAAGAAUAUUAUAAAAGUAUAUCACGUGAUUUGUACGUGUCAUAUGCAAGAAUAUUAUAAAAGUAUAUCACGUUCAAAUAAAUGGCGAGCACAACAAUAUGUAAACCAGCUGUGAUUUCUACAAUAUCUGCACUGCGAGACAGUUAUAUGUAAACCAUCUGUCACUGUAAGUAAAAAAUAUAUCUUGACAGCAAAGGUGACCAUCAAAUUGAAAGCUCUGCUCCCACUUGAUUAAGUACCUUGACCUAACCUUCAACAUGUAGCUGGCAGGCCGUCUCUUUCGACUUGGCUUUAUGCACUCCCAUGUUAUUAAAAAGUAAAACUUAACAAUCUGCAAGAAAAUUUAAUUUAUUAUUAGAACAGUUCAACUAAAUGGCGAGUACGUCUGUACAACAUCUACACUGCGAGUCAGUGUGUAAACCAGCCGUCACUCGAGAAAAAAAUGUCGUGACUGCAUAGAUGACCGUUUAUUUGAAACACAUUUUUCCAUGUUAUUAAAAAGUAAAACCUAACGAUCUGCAAGAAAAUUUGAACGUGACAAUCUGCAAGAAAAUUUAAUUUAUUAUUAGAACAGUUCAAAUAAAUGGCGAAUACGUCUGUACAACAUCUACACUGCGAGACAGUGUGUAAACCAGCUGUCACUCGAGAAAAAAAUGUCGUGACUGCAUAGAUGACCGUUUAUUUGAAACACAUUUUUCCAUGUUAUUAAAAAGUAAAACCUAACGAUCUGCAAGAAAAUUUGAACGUGACAAUCUGCAAGAAAAUUUAAUUUAUUAUUAGAACAGUUCAAAUAAAUGGCGAAUACGUCUGUACAACAUCUACACUGCGAGACAGUGUGUAAACCAGCUGUCACUCGAGAAAAAAAUGUCGUGACUGCAUAGAUGACCGUUUAUUUGAAACACAUUUUUCCAUGUUAUUAAAAAGUAAAACCUAACGAUCUGCAAGAAAAUUUGAACGUGACAAUCUGCAAGAAAAUUUAAUUUAUUAUUAGAACAGUUCAAAUAAAUGGCGAAUACGUCUGUACAACAUCUACACUGCGAGACAGUGUGUAAACCAGCUGUCACUCGAGAAAAAAAUGUCGUGACUGCAUAGAUGACCGUUUAUUUGAAACACAUUUUUCCAUGUUAUUAAAAAAUAAAACCUAACAAUCAAACAUGUAUUUGGCAGGCCAUCUCUUUCGAGAGUCAAUGUCUAAUGUCCACUCCAGCUAUCACUUUGACUUGGCUUCAUGCCGAGCCGAAUGGAGAAAACCGGGAUGAAAAUAAUUGUUUUGAGUACUGUUCAGUUGAUAGUGAGAUUAGCUACUGUGCAGGAUAUAUUGUUUGUUGUCUUUCGCUUGGCCACAAUUUUGAUUGCGAUGGCAGGAACAGGCUGCGCUACAGCAUUGAAAGGAAUCAUAAUUUACGGGCAUGUGAAAUGAUCCACCCGGACGUAGAUUGUGGAAGAGAAGAUGUGUUGGAAGUACGUGUGGUGAGAACGGAAGGUGAUUUUGACUUCAAUUGGCUGCGGAUGGGAGACAAAAUGAGAGUGAGUGCGCGCUCUGAUCAUCAGGAUUGGAAGGCCUGCUUCAAAUUCUUGAUGUACGAUCUCUGAAUGGAAUUUAUCCUUGUGUAGAAGAAAAACCUCCUCGUACCAUAACAUUUGGCGUGUAAAACUAUAUAAAGACAUUAAGCUUUCUUCAAGCACACAUUUUGUGUGUAAUUAAUUGUACAAAGGUAAAUCCUAAAGGAUGUGUAUUUAACGUAGCCAAAUUUUGAAAGUAACUCAAUCCAAAUGUAAAUGUUAUAUUUCUGGCUAGUAAAUGGUGUUUCAAUCUUA